GAAAGCACAGUGGUGGUUGACAUCAAAACGAACAAACUUAAAUGGACGUAGGAGCAGUAGGAUAUCGAAUAUUGUUGAAGAUUGAUGUGUAAAUUAUGUCUAACAAAAAUAUAUACAAUCUUUCGGAGGAACAACAACAGAUUGCGCGAUGGAGAGACGUGAAACGGAAGCAAUUGCGUGAAAUAUACCUGAGAGAUUCAGGACAUCCGACUAAAAGCCUCCUUUGUGAUACAGGAAUAUAUAGAUUUGCAUCAGCAAAUGCAACAGUAGCAAAACGUUUUGUACCUACACUAACAAGUUUCCUUACAAAAGUGUUCAUCAUUGGUGGUCUCAUUACUGCAACUUACCUUAAGUUAGAAAAAGAUAAAAGGGAACAGGAACACAAGUUACGUACUGGACAAGUUAGUUAUGCAGAUAGAAACUGUAAAUUUGUAUAAACAAUGGAUCACAUUUUAGUAACAAGCUCAAUUGACAUGUCUUAUUUAAUGGUGAAUUACACAGCAAAAUAAAUUGUUGAAACUAUUAUAAUCAAUGUUGAAUGUGUUAUUGAGUAAGAUGAAAUAUAGCAGUUAAAGAAAGAAAAAA